ACCCCCAUCUGGAUUCUUUAGCUAUUUACCCUUGUUUGUUUAUAGUGUUAGCAUCUUCAACUUUGUGCAAAGCUCGAUCAAGCCAAAUUAAUCAUGGAUUUUACCUCUAUAGAACUGAAGGUAAUCUCUUGUAAAGAUCUCAAAUCCUUCAAUCUCUUCCGGAAGCUAUCGGCCUACGCUGUCGCUUCACUUAUCAAUGAUAAUGAAGUGAAGAAAAACCAAGAGCAACAACAUCUACAGCGCCAAAAAACUCCAGUGGACAGAGUUGGAGAUGGGAAUCCUGAGUGGAAUCAUGUCAUGCACUUUGAUCUUAAACACAUCUCACAUCGUGAUCACUGCAAUCAUUUUCUCCUCAAAUUUGAGCUUCGCAGUGAAGGUAUCGUUUUUGGAAACAAAACCAUUGGUCAAGUCCAAGUUCCUCUCAAGGACUUGAUUGAUGAGUUUAAUGGACCCGUGAGGUUUAUCAGCUACCAAGUUCGAACUUGUGAUAGUAAUAAGCCUACUGGGGUCUUGAAUUUUUCUUACAAGAUAAAUGGGAAAACCAAGAUUGUUGAAGCUAGUGACAAAGUUCAUUCUCCAACAACCGUGGAAGUUCAAAAUCAGUCGAGGGAUAUACGAUAUCCUUCAUUGGAGGAUGUUCUUUCUCCUUCACCUCCAAUUAACAUCCCUUCCCCCAAGCUCAACCAUUGGAUACCAGGAUCACCAUCACUGAUGCCACACUUAGCUCCUACCGGCUACCAUAGAGUGCCUUAUCAUCCAUAUCAUCCCAUGCCGUCUAUUCGAAUUCCGGGGACAUACUGGUACACGCCAGAGUCAAUGAGUUAUGGUUACACACUUACACCUUGUGUGGAUACUCAGGGGUUAGACAACUGGGGAAGGUUGAAGAUGAUGCAUCCAAGAUAGGAGUAGGGAAUGGGAGCUCUUCGCAGCUUUGUGGACUACUAGUGUGCCUAUCAUGUGGGCUUGCAGAAUAAUUCUAGGGACAACCAAUCAUACACCAAAUUUUACAACUUGUUGAUUUGUGCAAUUGUGAGUGGUAAACAUUUUAUGCUUUUGCAACUCACCACUUUACAUAAAUCACUCACAAUCUCACAAUCUAACAAGUUGUGAUCGGGGCUUGUAAGUUGUUACUAGUGUAGUUGCACGCCUUGCACUUGUAGGGGAACUAUGCUGUUAGCUAUAGCCUAUAAUAUCCUUGUUAGCUGUAAUGCCUGGUUUUAUUUUGAUGAUCAAAUAUUGUAUCCCGUUUGCAAUGAUACUAGGUUGAUAUCAAUGCAAUCCCUUUUCUGAGAUGAGGUUCCUUAGAAAUCAAAAUAUUAAGGAAGCCUCAAGGCCAGAAAUUUGGUG